AUUUUGAAUAAAUAAAUAUCGAUGCUUAAUUAUAUGGCAGAAUAUAGUGAAUCCUUUCUAUUGCUUUUUUAUCUAAGGAUUGCGCGGCCAAAUCAAAGCAAUAUGGCGGCUUGACACAAUAACUUUUGAUACGGAAUAUAUUAUUUUGAUUGUGAUGAAAUACUUAUCAAAAGAUUAUUAAAUUUCGAUUGAUUCGAAAAUUUGUAAAAAACUGUCGUAUGCUGUACGAGCUUAAUUGUAACGUACUCAUAAGUUACACAGAAGUGAAGCUUAUUCAAUGUAAAACUUAAUUGUGCUUCCAAAAUUUAUUUUAUUAAUGGACGCAAAGAUGUCCCUAAUUAUUAAAUUAAACUAGUAUUGUUAUGCAGUAAGUUUUAGUAUCAAUUUACCGUCUUUCCAUGAAGAAUUAUGUCGUCUACACCAAGCAAAAUGCGAGGUCCUGGAAGACCACCAAAAUCAAAAAAUUCCUGUACAUGGUGCGGGGAAACUAAACAACCUUUAAAAUAUGUUCUUCCGACGCAGCAUGGAAAAAAAGAAUUUUGUUCAGAAACAUGUUUGUCUGAAUUUCGCAAAGCUUAUGUACGAGGUGCUUGCGUUCAAUGUGACAAUGUUAUCAGAGGCACGCCAGUGAGAUUAGAACAAAAAGAUGGGCCAACAAAGGAUUUUUGUUCUUCAUUUUGCUUAAAUAAACAUCAAAAAAGGGAAGGACAAGUGGAUAUGAAGAAAAAUAAUAGGGACCACUCGUCACCUUCACCGUCUCUCACUCCGUCUGGAUUAAUAAGUGGAAAUAAUGUCCCAUCUACAACUCAAUCUUUCACCAGUACAAAUCAUACAAAUAUAUCUCAUCCUCCAUCAACGUCUACCGGCCCGUUUCAAUACGAGACAUACCAAACAUUUGAUUGGGAUCUUUAUUUGAAAGAAACAAAUAGUCAAGCAGCACCUGUUGAAUGUUUUAAACAGCACGAAGUUCCGCCGACUAACGAGUUUAAAAUGGGCAUGAAGUUAGAAGCUCUGGACCCUCGCAAUUUAACGUCAACGUGUAUCGCAACAGUUGUUGGUGUCCUUGGUCCUCGCCUAAGAUUAAGGUUGGACGGUUCGGAUAACAAAAAUGAUUUCUGGCGUUUAGUCGACAGCAACGAGAUUCAUCCGAUCGGUCAUUGUGAAAAAUCUGGCGGGAUGUUACAACCUCCGUUAGGCUUCCGAAUGAAUGCUUCCAGUUGGCCAAUGUUUCUUUUAAAAACAUUGAACGGCGCAGAAAUGGCACCCGCGAAAGUAUUUAAACGCGAACCAAAAACGCCACGCUCUAAUAUGUUCGAAGUUGGACAUAAACUAGAAGCCAUAGAUAAAAAGAAUCCGCAACUUAUAUGUACAGCAACUGUUGGUGCUGUUAAAGAUGAUAUGAUACAUAUUACGUUUGAUGGUUGGCGAGGAGCAUUCGAUUAUUGGUGUCGUUUCGACUCUAGAGAUAUUUUUCCUGCUGGAUGGUGUUUUAAAAGUGGUCAUCCGUUGCAACCACCGAGACAGAAAUCAACAGGGCCUAAUAGAUUUAAGUCAAGAACUAGUAAUAUCUUACCGGUAAUGGCAGUAUCUGGUGCUGGUACUAACGGAGAACCAGCUGUUGCGUUAGUGAGCCCUGCAGGUUCGAGCGCUCCUCCGCAACCAGCUACAGAACCUGAUACUAGUACAGCUAAUACCAAAUCACAUACUAUAGAGAAUAGUAUGCAAUUGGAUAACUCUACCUUGUCAUCGCCAACGGCUGCGAAACAACCACGAAAAUCCGUUCCAGAACUUGAAGCAGCAACAUCUACUACCCAGUCUGAAAGUUCCAUAAAUCGCACGCCUUCUGCAGAACCAGCAGAAUGGACAAUCGAAGAUGUAAUACAUUAUAUAGGUGUUACCGACCCUGCAUUAGGACAGCAUGCAGAUCUAUUUAGAAAGCAUGAAAUUGAUGGGAAAGCUCUCCUACUUUUGAAUUCUGACAUGAUGAUGAAGUAUAUGGGACUGAAACUUGGACCAGCACUUAAAAUAUGCAACUUGGUAAAUCGUAUUAAAGGUAGAAGGCAUAUACUUCUAUGACUUUAUCAAACAUCAAAAUAUGUACAGUGAGUUAAAUUGACGCAUUACUUAAACUGGCUGGUCAAAUUUGUUUUCAUUACUGAGAACAAAAUAAUAUAUAAGUUGUUAAAAUAAUGUGAAUAUAUUGAUUGUAAUCUUUCGCAACCUAUUCAUUUACCAAGUAACAUAGAUCUUAAGUGAAAAAGAAUCAAAGUUUAAUUUUAUCUUAGUAUUAAAAUAUUAUUUUCCUUCGAGAAAUGUAAGAUUACAUUAAUUAUGUGAAUAUACAGUUUUUUGAUAAUGAACAAAAUUAACAGUAUCCUCUUAUACAACCUAGUUAAGCUAGCUGAUUCAAUUCUAAAUAUUAAUAAGUAUCAUAGUGAGAAAAUAAUUUUACGUUCCAUUUGUCUUUUUUAGACUUUCUUGUAAUCAGUAUGCAUUUCCUAACCAAAACAACUUUUAUUACUUAAAUAAUUUCACGUCCUUCAGACUAUAUUAAUAAUUAAAAACGAUAUAAAAAAGAUAUAGUAUGUAUUUACACACCAUGGAUGAUAUAUCUAAUGCAUUUUUGAAUUUAUGUUCAAACAACAAUAUAAUUUAAACUAAAUCGACAAAAUUAAAGCAAAACUUCUUGCUUAAUGCAAUUUAGUUGAAAAAAUAAACCUUAGAAGAGGGGUGUACAAAGUGUAAUUAUGUUCACUUUAGUAAUAUGUAUUUAAAAAUCAUUACUUUUAUAUAUAAUUACGUUAUUUACUUAAUACUGUAGUAAUAAAUAAUACAACAUAAUUUUUAUGUAAAAAAACAGCAAGAAAUAUUUUGUUUUAUAUUCACUGUAUAAUGCGAUUUUACGUUUUUUUCAUUUACCAAUAUCAUUUGUUAUAAAUGUUUCUAAAUACUACAUGUAAUAGGUCUGUGUUUACAAAAGAAAAAAUGCAACUAUGAGAUUGGACAUUUAAAUCGUUUAUGUUAAAUUACAUUAAACCAUGUAACUGCAUUUCUUACAUAAUAUAUUAACAUUUCAUUUUUCAAAGAAUAAUGAAUAUGUAAUAAAACACACAUUGAACAUGUAAUUCAAAUAAAGUCGAAUUGCUAUGUCGUAUGUGUUUUAGAAUAUAUAUUUUUAUAUUUUACACAAGUAAAUAUUUAUAUUUUUUAUAAUAAUGAUUACGCAUGUUUUUCUUACACUUCUACUUUUAUGUAAACAAAAACAAAAAAACAAAAAACAGAAAAGUUUCUAAAUAUUACAUAAUAUAUUAACGUAAUAUCAUAAGAAAAUUAUUCAAUUGUGAAAUAUUUGAAAUAAUUCAUGAACAGGGGCAUUAUAAGGUAAUUUAUAUAAUUCUUAUAGUUUGUAUGAAUACAGUAUUAUUUUCAUUUCUUUUUCAUCUAUCUUUUUCUCUAUUUUCUAAAUAAUAUUGAAAAAUAACUCGUAUUGCACAGUAAUCGCAUAAAUAUUAUUUCUAUUUCAGUAUGUAUAUAUGGAAGCUAAUAAGGUGUGCAAAAUUAUCUCUGUGAUAUAUUGCAUAGUAUUAACAUUAACAAUUAGUCCUUAAGUAUGUAGUACAAACGUAAAAAAUAGAAUAUUUCUCCACUAUACAUUCAAUUCAUAUUUAAUCUACUAUGAAGUUUAAAUCAUGGAUUUCUUGUAUGUAAAUGUAAAAAAUUAUGUGUACAUAAGUAAUAAUUGUCAUUUAAAGCAAUGAUAGUAAAAUAUAGUCGUAGUUAUAGUUUGCUUUAAAUUCAAUUUACCAUAAAAUUAAAAGUGACGUGGUAAAUUAUUUAUUCUUUCAUGAAUGGCUGUAUGUAUUUAAAGACUAAUCAAAUUAAAAUUUAAUAAAAGAUGAUUAAAUAGA